AUGAGCUUCCUCAGAUGGCUCAGGACUGCCAUUUCGCCUGCUGAGACUUGUGCAACAGUGUCUCAGUACAGCAGUACGACUUCAACCCACUCACCCACGCCAGAUGCAAACACGAACGAAAUUAGCCCCGAUCAGUGUAGCGCGAAGCUCGACUUUUCCCAAAGCCUAGAUAAUCAAGCAGUUGCUGAUACAGAACAUCACACAAGUGAAGACAAUGACGAUGAACAUACUACGGAGCCCAAACGCGUCCAAAGUCCAAAUGCUCAACUUGUGGACAGAAAACAUAUAAUUCAGAAUAAUUCCAAUCGGCGUACCGUAAACUAUAACCCUAGCUUUCAAGACAAAUUUGCCAAAAUUGUACUGGCAGAUGAUGACGUUCCUCUUCUCCAGGUUACCGAAUAUAUCAAGAGUUGUGACGUUCCUGAUACUCAGAAGCAUUUAUUCGUACAGGAAAGUAAAAAGGUGGUGAUGAUGGCAAAGCUUUCGGAUAUGGACUGGGACAAGCUUGUGACAAGCCUUCAGGGGCUUGAGGAAGAAAUGAAAUAUUACCGAGCGGUCAAUUUAACAAAGAAAGAUGUAGAGGAGCUGAGCCGGGAAUUCUCAGAAUUUGCCAAAAUGAACUCUUACUCACGAAAAAAGAUGAGAUCAGUGCAAAAAAGGCUCCGAGGGACAUCUGAGCGAAAAGUUGCUAUCCGAAAUUACUUCUACAGCCGACUUGACUACUUCAAGAAAAGCGUUUUCAAUAUGAACUUUGCUAAAUGCUUUAUUCUGCGACGCACAGAACGAGAAGUUUGUCGAGCCUUGAAUGCUGAGAUGAUCGCACGCCGCAUCAGGUAUGACGACCUGCGUCACCCUCGGAGGAUAAGUCCAGAUCCUGAGCUUUUGUCCAGGGAUAUCAUGCUGGCUUUGGAGGUACUAAAGAGCAGUAGGACUAUCGAGACACCUCAAUGCACUUUAUCAUUCAUGAGAUGCUUUGGUGUUAGUAUGAUGCCAUGUGGGUUGCUUGGCCGUUGUAAUGACGGGGAGGUCCGCACUACAUCAACCUUCUUCACAGAUGAGCCCUCGAGCCAGAGCACCCUCACUGUUACCAUGGAUGAGCCGGCUAUCGAUACCAGCCAUACACCGAUAGUCAUCAAGUCUUCUACCAGAAGCAAUAUCACCACCAUCGACUCAGACAGUGAUGGAGAGAUCUUAACAAUUGUGAAACCGAUAUCACAGAAGCGUAAAUCUGUCAUCAAGGAGACUCCGGUAGGAAAGAAAGCGGAAAAAGGAUACGAAUUAAGAAGAAAACGAAUACUGGCGAGGGAUGAAAUCGAAAAAAGAGACGUCAAAGAAAAUGAAAGUGGAAGUGAGAGUGAAAAUGAGAGUAUUAUUGUGGUUGAAAAUAGGAGAGUCAUCAAAACUAAAGAUGGCAGUGGGGAUGAGAUUGAGAGUGUUAUCAAGGUGGAAAAUGAGAGAGUCAUCAAGAUUGAGGAUGACAGUGAAGGACAAAAGGAGAGGGCGAUCAAGAUUGAAGAUGACAGCGAGAGAGAGAAAGAAAUUUACAACAAAAUCGAAGGAGACAAAGCUGGAACUCCUAAGCCAAGUCUCUAA